AUGCGACAUGGAAGAACUGAAGAAGAAGAAGAGAAGAAGAAGACGAUGAAGGAGCAGGCAAGCGAGACUCGAGAGAGAGAGAGAGUGGGAGCUUUUCCUUCCGGCGGUAAAACAGCGUGGCGUUGCAGUGAUUUGAGCUUUCACAGCGUGCCGUUUGUCGGUUUUGUUCGAGAUAUACGCUUCUGCCUAGGCUCUCUAGGGUUUCGUUGGAGCGAUUGCUCAGGAUUUCGAGCCGGAUACCGUAAGCCCGCUCUAGGCGUGGAAUUUGUCGAUAUGACUGUGAGGAACGGUGGUUUUCCAGGGGAUUACCAUGGCAAUGAUUUUGACACACUCGAAGAUGAUACGUUCGGUGUCCCUAGAAUGGUGAUGCCAUUGGGUGGCUUGUCAUCAUCAGAAAGGAAACAUUUGAUCAAUAGGCUACGAGAGGAGCUGGAACAGAUACGGUCCUUUCGCAAAAACGUCACACUCACGCUCACACGUGCAAGUAAGAGCCUUGGAGUGUCACGAUGCUCUACUGGGCCCGGGAAGAAAGUAAGCGCAGUGAAACCAGCUCCAGUCAGCACUCGUACGAUGCUUCGGUUGAAGCAAUGUGAGACCCUCCUGCAACGAUUGAUGUCGCAUCCGAAUGGUUGGCUCUUUAAUACUCCUGUGGAUGUGGUCAAGCACAACAUACCUGAUUACUUCACCAUCAUUAAACAUCCAAUGGAUUUUGGAACUGUAAAGAGCAAGUUAACCUCGGGCACUUAUUCAUCCCCGUCAGAGUUUUCUGCUGAUGUCCGUCUUACCUUCUCCAACGCAAUGACGUAUAACCCUCGUGGAAAUGAUGUUUAUGUCAUGGCUGAAUCUCUCUGCAAGUUCUUUGAAGUGAGGUGGAAAACUAUUGAGAAGAAGUCUUCCGGAACCAAAUCUGAACCGAGUAACUCUGGUACUCAUACUGAAACUAUUGACAUUCCCGUGUCUGCACCUUUGGCUAAGAAGAGGAAGAUGAACGUAGACAGCUUCGUAGAGCCUGCUAAGCGGGUUAUGGCAGAAGAGGACAGAGUGAAGCUUGGCAGAGAUUUGGGGUCCUUGAUAGAAUUCCCUCUACAUAUAAUAAACUUCCUGAGAGACCACAGCUCCACGGAAGGGGGAUCUGCAGACGAUGAGAUAGAGAUUGACAUUAAUGAUCUCAGUCAUGAUGCCUUGUUCCAGUUGCGGGAUCUCUUGGAUGAGCUUUUGCAAGAAAAUCAGAAGAAAGACUCAAUUGGUGAACCCUGCGAGUUAGAGCUCUUGCAUGGGUCAGGGCCAGGGAAUUCAUUGAUGCAGCACUGUGAUGUUUCAGGGAGUGAAAUGGAGGAUGAGGAUGUUGACAUUGGAAGUUAUGACUAUGAGCACCCUAGUUCUCCCUUGGAUGGAGCAACGAGCACUUCCCCAAGGACCAAACCUUCCGUCAGUGGAUUGGAUCAGCUGGAAGUAGAGGCGUCCAAAGAGAAGCCAAGUUCUGCUGAUUGUCAUCAAGAGGGAAAUAGUGCUCCUCAGAAUGAGAAGCAACUGCCUCCGGAAAAGCGUUACAGGGCUGCUCUAUUGAAAAACCGAUAUUCAGAUUUAAUCUUGAAGGCUCGAGAGAAAACUCUUAAUAAGAAUGAGAAGAAAGACCCAGAGAAACUGCGACUAGAGAGGGAAGAAGUUGAAUUGCGAAAGAAGAAAGAGAAAGCACGGUUACAAGCAGAAGCCAAGGAAGCUGAAGAAGCUCAUAGAAAAGCUGAGGCAGAAGCUGCAGCCGAAGCUGCGAGACAGGCAAAGAGGAAACUGGAAGUUGAAAGAGAAGCAGCCCGACAGGCACUGCUUGAGAUGGAGAAGUCGGUUGAAAUAAACGAGAGCUCGAGGUUUCUCAAUGACUUGGAACUGCUGAAAACGGAGGAGCAUCUGACAAGUGUAAGGGAGGAUGAUGGGAUGAUGGGUGUUUUGGGGUUUGGAGGCAGCAAUCCUCUAGAGCAGCUGGGGCUAUUUAUGAAACCCGAUGAUGAGGAUGAAGAUGAAGAUGAGGCUGAAGCUGGUACGCUUGCCUCUCCAGAUCCUUGCAAUGAAAUGGAAGAGGGGGAAAUCGAUUGA